ACAAAAAGUUCUGUUACAGAUUCUGGAGCAGCGAACUCCACACAACGCCGGCUCACAACAACCAGACAGUAGCCAAUGCUAUAAAACCACCCGGGCGCAGCUCUUCAACUCUAGUUUUGACGGUACGUUGCUCGACUUUUCCACAAUGGCCAAGAAGAGAAAGGCCACUCGCAAGUCGGAACCCAGCGGGCCCCGCGAAGUCGACGCCAAGGACGCGCGCCUGACCAUCAAGACGUACGAAGACGUCGCCGACUCGGAGGACGAGUACUGGGCCAACCAUGACCGCAUCUACCUUGACGACGACGACGACGAGCCGCGCUCCAAGCGCCUCAAGAGGCAGGAGAAGGAGGAUGCCUUCCUAGAACCCUCGGACGAGGAGAUUCUCGGGGAGGAAGACACGGACGAGAGCGAGGCAGAAGAGGAGGAGCGGGCUUCGGCCAAGACAAAACGGGGCAAGAAAGGUGGUGUGGCGGAGGAGGAUGUGCUGUCUGACCUGGAAGAGAGGAGGGGCGACGAGGAAGAGGGGGACGAGGGUUGGUGGGGCUCUUCAAAAAAGGAGUACUACAAUGCCGAUACUAUCGAAACGGAAGCCGAUGCCUUGGAAGAAGAGGCAGAGGCACGGCGUCUCCAAGCCAAGAAGCUGGCCAAGAUGCAGGAGGCUGAUUUCGCCUUUGAUGGGAGCGAAUGGCUUGCGCCAAAACAUAAAGCCGGAGAGGCAGAGGAGGUCGUAACCGAGGUCUUGAAGGAGGUCGAAGUAACAGAGGACAUGGGUCCCGAAGAGAGGUACAAGCUCUUGCAGGCCCGGUAUCCUGAGUUCGACUACCUGGUGGACGAGUUCAGGGAGCUGCAGCCGCUACUAUCGGCAUUACAGAAGGAGGCUGAAGGGAAGCCUACCAAGUCGCUGCCCGUGGUCAAGUCCUGGUUGCUCGGGUGCUACGUCGCCGCCUUGGCGAGCUACUUCGCCAUCCUGACUUCGCCGACGCGGGAUGGCGAUGGGUCAUCGGCCACUCUGAACCCAUCUGAACUCAGAGAUCAUGAGGUUAUGGAGACGUUGGUGCAGUGCCGUGAAGCCUGGCUGAAGGUAAAACAGCUCAAUUCGACAAAGGCUGUUACCUCUAACGCUGGAAUGCUCUCGCCGCCUGAAGAGGAGGACCUUGAGAUGCUCGACGCUAUGGCUGUACCGAGGCCGAGGACGGAGAAGCUCUCCAAGGCCGAGAUCAAGGCAAAUAAGAGGAGAGCUUCAGAAGCGGCCAGAAAAGCUCAGGCGGUUGAGGAGUCCCUGGCAAAUCUGUCGACGCUUCUCAAGAGCACCAAGAAGGUUGGAAAAUCUGCUACUGUGUCUGCUUCCUCGGCUGAAGCAGGCCACGACGAUAACCGCUCCGAUUUCGGUGAGGAGGAAGUUCUUGACGCCCGGGCAGCCGCCGACAAGGCGCGCCGCAAGAAGAGCUUGAAAUUCUACACUUCACAGAUAGUGCAGAAGGCGGCCAAGCGUGCCGGCGCCGGCCGCGACGCGGGUGGCGACAUGGACAUUCCCUACCGCGAGCGACUGAGAGACCGUCAAGCCCGUCUCAACUCCGAGGCUGAACGCCGUGGCAAGAAGGGCAGCAAGUUUGGUGCUGAUCUCGGCGGCGACGACAGCGACGGCGAUGAGGCGGCGGCCAAGCAGAUGCGCGGCGACGAGGACGAGUACUACGACAUGGUGGCGCAGGGCGCGCAGAGAAAGCGGGCCGACAAGGCGGCGCGGUUCGAGGCGCUGGCCAAGGCACGCAAGGGCGAGCGCGUCGUGGAGACGGAGCAGCUCGGGCCUGACGGCAAGCGCCAGAUUACGUACCAGAUCCAGAAGAACAAGGGGUUGACGCCGCACCGCAAGAAGGAGGUGCGCAACCCGCGCGUCAAGAAGAGGAUGAAGUUUGAGGAGAAGCAGAAGAAGUUGAGGAGCGUCAAGGCCAUGUACAAAGGCGGCGAGGGCCCUGGUGGCUACCAGGGAGAGCUGUCGGGUAUCAAGACGAGGUUGGUCAAGAGUAUCAAGCUGUGAGGGUAAUAUGUUCCUCGUGAUUGCCUUACAAUCUACGUGGCUGCCCGUUGGCGGUUCUGUUUAAGCAAGUGGUUGCCGGAGCUAUACAUCGGCAAUCCCAAAGGUCCUUGCCUCAAUCAUGCCACACAUUAUGUG